CUCUGGCUGAGCUCUUCUAGCCCCUGCCCCACCCCCAGCUUCACCACCCUUUUCUGCUUCUGCAGUAGCCUGUCACCUAGCAGUCAGCUGUUGGUGGCACAGAUGGCGAGUACUUUUAAUUCAUCCUAGGGAACCAUCAGCGCAGGACCAUGCAAGCCCAUGAGUUAUUCCAGUAUUUUCGAUUGCCAGAGCUGGUUGACAUCCGGCAGUACGUGCGCACCCUUCCUACCAACACACUUAUGGGCUUCGGAGCUUUUGCUGCACUCACUACUUUCUGGUACGCCACGAGGCCCAAGGCCCUGAAGCCACCAUGUGACCUCUCCAUGCAGUCAGUGGAAGUGGCGGGUAGCAAUGGUGCUCGAAGAUCCACGCUCCUUGACAGUGAUGAGCCCUUGGUGUACUUCUACGAUGAUGUCAGAACAUUAUAUGAUGUUUUCCAAAGGGGCAUACAGGUGUCAAAUAAUGGCCCUUGUUUGGGCUCUCGGAAACCAGACCAACCCUAUGAGUGGCUUUCCUAUAAACAGGUGGAAGAACUGUCGGAGUACAUAGGCUCAGCGCUGCUCCAGAAGGGCUUCAAGGCCUCCCAAGACCAGUUCAUUGGCAUCUUUUCUCAGAACAGACCCGAGUGGGUGAUUAUUGAACAAGCAUGCUUUGCUUACUCAAUGGUGAUUGUUCCACUUUAUGAUACCCUUGGAGCUGAUGCCAUCACUUACAUAGUCAACAAAGCUGAGCUCUCUCUGAUUUUUGCUGACAAACCAGAGAAGGCCAAAAUCUUAUUAGAGGGUGUAGAAAAUAAGUUAACAUCAGGCCUUAAAGUCAUAGUUCUCAUGGACACCUAUGGCAGUGAUCUGGUGGAACAAGGCAAGAAAUGUGGGGUGGAAAUCAUCAGCAUGAAGGCAUUGGAGGGCCUUGGAAGAGCCAACAGAAAGAAGCCCAAGCCUCCAGCACCUGAUGAUCUUGCAAUAAUUUGUUUCACAAGUGGAACUACAGGCAACCCCAAAGGAGCAAUGAUCACCCACCAAAAUGUAGUGAGUGAUUGUUCAGCUUUUGUGAAAGCAACAGAGAAAGCACUUGUCUUGAAUGCCAGUGACAUACAAAUUUCAUUCUUACCACUUGCACACAUGUAUGAGCAAUUACUGCAGUGUGUGAUGCUGUGUCAUGGAGCUAAAAUAGGGUUUUUCCAAGGAGAUAUCAGGCUGCUUAUGGAUGACCUCAAGGUACUUCAACCCACUAUCUUUCCUGUGGUUCCAAGACUGCUGAACCGGAUGUUUGACCGAAUUUUUGGACAAGCAAACACCACACUGAAGAGAUGGCUAUUGGACUUUGCCUCCAAGAGGAAAGAAGCAGAGCUUCGUAGUGGCAUCAUUAGAAACAAUAGCGUGUGGGAUAAACUCAUCUUCCACAAAAUACAGUCAAGCCUGGGUGGAAAAGUCCGGCUGAUGGUCACAGGAGCUGCCCCUGUAUCUGCCACUGUGCUGACGUUCCUAAGAGCAGCCCUUGGCUGUCAGUUCUACGAAGGCUAUGGACAGACAGAGUGCACUGCUGGCUGCUCCCUGAGUGUACCUGGAGACUGGACAGCAGGCCAUGUUGGUGCCCCAAUGCCUUGCAACUUCAUAAAACUUGUUGAUGUGGAAGAAAUGAAUUAUAUGGCUGCCAAGGGUGAGGGUGAGGUAUGCGUGAAAGGGCCAAAUGUAUUUAAGGGCUACUUGAAGGACCCAGCAAAAACAGCAGAAGCUUUGGAUAAAGAUGGCUGGUUACACACAGGAGACAUUGGAAAAUGGUUGCCAAAUGGAACCUUGAAGAUCAUUGACAGGAAAAAGCACAUAUUUAAACUGGCACAAGGAGAAUAUAUAGCACCUGAGAAGAUUGAAAAUAUCUACCUGCGAAGUGAACCUGUGGCCCAGGUGUUUGUCCAUGGAGAAAGCUUGCAGGCAUUCCUCAUAGCAAUUGUGGUACCAGAUGCUGAGACCUUACCUUCCUGGGCCAGAAAGAGAGGCUUUGAAGGUUCCUUUGACGAGUUGUGCAGAAACAAGGAUGUCAAAAAAGCUAUCCUAGAAGAUAUGGUGAGAAUUGGCAAGGAUUCUGGUCUGAAACCAUUUGAACAGGUCAAAGGCAUUGCUCUGCACCCUGAAUUAUUUUCUAUUGACAAUGGCCUUCUGACCCCAACAAUGAAGGCAAAAAGGCCAGAGCUACGGAACUAUUUCAGGUCACAGAUAGACGAACUAUAUUCUACCAUCAAGGUGUAACGUAGGAAGAAAGCUCAGAAGAGAUGGCGCACCUCCACAGUCCCUUCUUCUACUGAUGGCCUUCAUGUUGGGAAUUUUGACUGCAGCAAGCAUAGGGAAGGAAGUGUCCAUGUUUGGCUUGUCCAUUCAGGGUCUUGUCAUAGGAUUAUUAGAGGAAAUGGAACACUGCCUUACAGUCACCUCGUAUUGCAGACCAUAUUCAUGGUAAUAUACAAUUUCCAAAAUGAGCCUUAAAAUUGUAAAGGGGAAACUAUAAAAGUGCUAAGUUAUUUGAGACUUCCUCAGUAAUAAGGUGGGUGAUAAAACUUCUGUCUCCCUGUUUUUCUAAAUAAGGGGUUAGGACUCUGCUGUUUCUGAGAUGUCUGCUACUUGCUGCAAAUUCUGCAGCUGUCUGCUGCUCUGAAGAGUCCAAUGCACUGGAGGGAAUCUGUUCCUUUAGAAACAAGAACAACUGUUCUAGCUGGAGAACAUCACAAGUGGACCAGAGAUUUUUUUAAAAAAAAUCCCUGCCACAUUCCCUUUACCAUCUCACAUGCACUCACAAAAUCCUUCUGAUGUAAGGUUUCAAAACAAUCCCCUCCUGAUGUUCCUAAAUGGGGCAUAAGGUUCCUAAUAAACCAAAGGAUAGGUCUGCCUUGGAGCACUGCGGGUGCUGAGUCUCAGAAGAAUGGCGGCUCAUCCAAGCGAAUGGCUUCUCAUCUCGCAGCAGGCUGCUCUCAUACUCUCCUCCACACCUGGCUCUUCCCUCCUUUCCAGGGGUUAUGAAAAAAAAAACCUGCCUUAGACUCUGCAG